GAUGCAUGAAGUAGUCGUCUGCCCCCCUAAACAACUGCAUUUCUCAGGCACAAUGCACACUCUGCAACUGUUUCUGCUCUUCCUAGCAAUGAUUUGUCUCCAACAAAAUGCAAAGGGGAGUGAAAUCAUAAAAGGUAAAAAAGCCAAGAAGAGUUCAAUGCUGUAUAUGGCAUCAGUGCAAGACACGAUAAGGCACGUAUGUGGAGGAUUCCUUGUCAGUGAAGACUUUGUAUUGACUGCUGCACACUGUGAUGAUUGGAAACCUAGAAAUGUUGUUCUGGGCACCCACAAUCUCAAGAAAGCUGAGAAGACCAUGAUAUAUCAAAUAAAAAAGAAGUGCAAGCAUCCUUCUUACAAGAAUGUUAAAUCUGGAAAUGAUAUCAUGCUUCUCAAACUGUCUGAGAAAGUUUACCUGGACAAAAAAAGACCAAUUAAGCCAAUUCAACUUCCAACUCAACAAAUAAACCUAAAAGAAAACAAAACCUGCACAGUAGCUGGAUGGGGAGCCACAAAAAGUGGUGGUGAAACUGUUGAUAGCAUGCAAGUGGUGGAUGUUCCCAUCAUUAACCUGGAGAAGUGUAAGAGGAUUUGGCAAAAUAGUAUUCCUGAUAAUGUUAUCUGCGCAGGAGGAUACUACAAAAAUAAAGGAAUUUGUCAGGGUGAUUCUGGGGGUCCUCUGGUAUGUGACAAGAAGAUGGCAGUUGGAAUUGUUUCCUUUAACAAUGGCAAAAAAUGUGACUAUCCUGAUGUCCCCAACGUCUAUACAGAUAUUUCAAAAUUCCUGCCCUGGAUUAAAGACAUUCUCAGCAAAAAGACUUGCUAAAUGUUUGAAUUAUAUUGUGGAUGUUGACACAAUUAAUAAUAAAACCUCCAUCAUUUGCAAUAUCCAUAACUACAGAAUGAGACAGCUGAUUACUGCUAUUUUUUUAAAUAUCCAAAUAAAACAAUUAUUUUUGUGAUCUUUAGAGAUAGUGGGGAGCAUUUUUAAAUCACUCCAGACAGAGCUUUAAACAUAAUAUGAAACUCAUCAGUGAAUUACAGCAGACGUAAAAGAGAAUAAAUAUAUAAUUAAAAGUGCAUUGUGUGCAAUACUAUGUGUCUAUUUUUGCUGUGCUUUACCUGUUCAUGUCCUUAGGACAGAGGCUUUCCACCAAAAAUCAGAGUAUGUGAUGGUCCUGUGAUGGUCAAAGAGCAGAGGAACUCCAAUAGUAUACAGACAACUCUGCUGCAGAGGGUUGGGCAAUCACAGCCUUGUCAGAUGGUGAUAGAUCAUCUUUGAGCAUCUUACAAUGCUGUGACUGCCCAACACUCCAUCAAUGGUACUAAUGGCCAUUGAUCAAUGGACAUGACAAUCUGCAUGUUAAUGACUCCUUAGGAUUUCUUAACCUGGAAGAUAUAUUUUUUUAUUUUUUUUUUAUUUUUUUUAUUUUAGAAAACAUAGUUUAGAAUUCAACUUUAUUGUCAUUGCACAUUGUUUCUUCAUGACGGUCAAAUUCAACAGUAAGAUACUGUCACUACACUAGCAUCUUCGAUUGUAAAAAUGAUGAUGAUUUUUGACGCUAAGACAUGUUUCACACCUUCAACACACACAUAUACAAAUGCAC